GAACAAUGAGGAGGACUCUGGCGUUAGCUGGGACCGCAACUAAAAAGGACUACAGUUCCCAGAGGGCAGUGCGCCAACUCCAAGUGGCGGUCUGGUUGCUGGGCAUGCUAGGAUUUGUAGUGUCGGAUGCCUUCAAAACCUUGGCUGUUUGGGAGAUUUAGAGCUUCUUUUUCUUGAGAAUUUAUUUGGUCGUUUUGGCAAAUGUUGCGGCUGAAGGGUGAAGAACUUGUUAUUUGUGUCCCUGAGAAGACUCAACUAGCAAACUUAGGAGAGUCAAGGCCUUCAGUGAGCUCUUUAUGUCGGUUGGGUGGUCCAAACAGCAGGAUGGGAUAAAGGCAGGACUGAGCCAGCCUGGGCUACAGAAAAAGGGCGGAGCCUCCAAGCAGUCUCUUGGCAACCGGAUCUGGCCGCCAAACCGCCAAAGCUUGUAGCGCGAUGUCCUCUGGGAAUUGUAGUAUAGUUGGAAGGGCCUUUUAGGAGUUUCGUGACUGCAGGCCCGCAGCCUGCGGACUACAACUCCCGACGUCCAGCAUGAGGGCCCCUGGGUGGGAAGGGCCCCAUGCGAGCUCCGUCCGGGGUUCCAUGCUCCCCAAUGACAGCAGCGGCUGGAAGCAGGCGGGCCCUUCUCCGGCGCCAAGGCCUCCUGUUCCCCAAAGGGCGACACUGGACACUUCCCCACGUGACUCCCAUCUCUGGGCCCCGGCUCUGUGCAUGGCGAAGUCCCCGGAGAACUCUACCCUGGAGGAGAUUCUGGGGCAGUAUCAACGGAGUCUCCGGGAACGUGCGAAUAGAAGCAUUCACCAACUGCAGUGUGCACUGAGAGACGGUGAUGUCAGAGUUGGAGAAGGUGCCCCGGAUGCCACGUGUAGUACCGGUGUAGAAAAUGAGGACUCUGGGAUGGCUUGGCAUGAACUGCAACACAGCCAUGCUGUCAAUCAACUCGAAGCUUUGUUGCGCCAACAGGCAACUAAGGAAAGUGAGGUGUCUCCAUCAAGAAGACGAAAUGUGUCCCCUCUGAGGUCAUCAGAGUAUGAGGAAGCCAAUAUGCCUACUGUAUACAAUCUCGUUCCUAUCAUCAAUGACCAGUCUCAAUACAUUCAUCAUUUAGAGGCAGAAGUCAAGUUCUGCAAAGAGGAACUCUCUGGAAUGAAAAAUAGGGUACAAGUAGUUGUACUUGAAAAUGAAAGGCUCCAGCAAGAGCUGAAAUCUCAGAGACAAGAGGAAGCAAUGAGGGAACAAACACUUCUGAAUGCAUCUGGAAACCUGCAGAAUUCUUGGAUUACAACAGGUGAAGACUCUGGGGUGGAUGAAGCUGCCAAGAGGCAAUUCUCCCAGGACAAUGCAGAUACUGUCAAAGGUCCAUCGGCUGGUGAGGCUGAGAAAUGGAAGCUAGAACUGGAGAGGCUAAAACUUACUUAUGAAGAAAAGGGUGAGAUCCUGGAAUCUCAAUUGAAGUUUUUGAGGAAAGACCUAGCUGAAUAUCAGAAAAAUUGUGAAGAUCUUAAGGAGCGACUAAAGCAUAAAGAGUCUCUUCUCGCUGCUAAUAUAUCUAACUGUGUUGGUGGCCUUUGUUUGAAAUGUGCUCAGCACGAAGCUGUUCUCUCCCAAACCCACAAUAAUGUUCACGUGCAGACCAUUGAAAGACUGACUAAGGAAAGGGAUGACUUAAUGUCUGCGCUGGUCUCCGUCAGGAGCAGCUUGACAGACGGACAGCAAAGAGAAGCCAGUGCUUAUGAGCAGGUGAAACAGGCUAUGCAGAUGACCGAAGAGGCCAACUUCGAGAAAACCAAGGCUUUAAUCCAGUGUGAGCAGUUGAAGAAUCAACUGGAGAGACAGACAGAGCGUCUUGAAAAAGAACUCGCGUCUCAGCAAGAGAAAAGGGCCCUUGAGAAAGAGGCAAUGAGAAAGGAAAUAACAAAAGAAAGGGAAGACGUGAGGUCAAAGAUGUUGUCCCUGUCUCAAAAUAUUGCCCAACUGGAGGCCCAGGUUGAAAAGGUUACAAGAGAGAAGACUUCAGCUAUUAAUCAACUCGAGGAAGUUCAAAACCAGCUUACUUCCAAGGAAAUGGAUGUCACAAAGGUGUGCGGGGAAAUGCGCUAUCAGUUGAAUAAAACCAAAAUGGAGAAGGAUGAGGCAGAGAAGGAACACAGAGGGUACAGAACCAAAACUAAAAGGGAUCUUGAAAUUAAAGAUGAGGAAAUAGAGAAAUUGAAAUUAGAAGUGAGGGAAAGCAAGCAGCACUUGGAACAGGAACAGCAGAAGGCAGCCCGGGCCAGAGAGGAGUGCCUGAAACUGACAGAGCUGCUGAGCGAAUCUGAGCACCAACUGCACCUCACCAGACUGGAAAAAGAUAGCAUUCAGCAGAGCUUUAGCAACGAAGCAAAGGCCCAAGCCCUUCAGGCCCAGCAAAGAGAACAGGAGCUGACACAGAAGAUACAGCAAAUGGAGGCCCAGCAUGACAAAACUGAAAAUGAACAGAAUUCAUUGCUGACCUCCCAGAAUACAUUUUUGACAAAGUUAAAGGAAGAGUGCUGUGCAUUAGCCAAGAAGCUGGAGCAAAUCUCUAAAAAAAGCAGGUCUGAAAUAGCUCAACUCAGUCAAGAGAAAAGGUAUACGCAUGACAAACUGGAAAAGUUAGAGAGGAGAAAUGUGGAAUUGGAGGAGCAGUGUGUCCAACACGGGAGACUACAUGAGAUAAUGAAGCAGAGUCCUUCAGUGGAGAUCAAAGGACGGUGUUGGUUCAUUAGAUGAUCAGGUGGCCAUCACUUCAGAGAGCUUCUGCUCUACUUUGGAGGGAACCACUAGAGUCAGACAAAUGAAAAUGUGCAAAAUAUGAACUCAUUUUAGAAGACGACUCUGCAGUGCACUCCCCAUGCACAAUUUCCCUUUGCACCGGAGAGGGGGCAGCCAACCUGGAGGCAGAGGAAAAGGAGCUUUCUCUGUUCCCUUUUUGCUCUCUCUUCCCCUCGGUUAAGAAGAGCAGCUUCACACCACCCAGAAGCUGGGCCAGUGGAACAUUCUUAUACCAAGUGAACUUUAAAGCAGUGGCCACUUCAGCCCAGAGAGUCACCAUUUGCGCACAGAUUUGCGAGUGACCUGCUACUCAGGUGGGGAUGGCAGGGGCUGCAGCCGUACUUUCUUUAGGGAGCUGAUCUCUUCCUUGCAUGAAGUCCUAGAAGGAGUGCUUUCUUAGGAGGUCAGGCUGCUGAAAAUGCAAAUGGUUUCCAAAUGGGUUGAGAUAGAGUCUUGGAUUGAGAACCUGUGCCUGCUUUUCAAAGGGUACUAUGAAUGCAUUAAGUCCCAUUCCUAGAAUGAUAAUGAAUGAAGAAAUCGACAAGUAAUGAACAACUAACCUCUGUCUCAAUCCCGGGAAUGUAAUCUUUCCACUUCUCUUUGUAUCUUUUUUUUUUUUUUUUUUGGCCAAGCGUCCAUCCAUUUUCCUUUCUUAAUUAGGUCAUAGUGUUCACCAAGAUGAUGAUUAGAACACACAACUGCUUCACACACACACACAAAAUAAGGCAGUAUAGCUGCCUCUUCACCCGCUUGCUACAUCCGUUGUGGCCCAAAGGGGCGGGGCAGCAUUUUUCCCUAUGGAUUUCAUGAACAAUCAGUUCCACAAAAUGGUCUUUAAAAAAAGCAAUACAGGAUUUACUUUGGGACAUAAUGCAUAAACUCGACCCUCUCUUUGGAGGGGCAAAACAUACAUUAGUAUAUGAAAAGCCUUGAUACAGCUUAGCAAUGAUUGAUCCUUUGUAAAGUUUAAGUGGGCUCUCCUUAAAAUAAUAAUGAAGAACAUCGGUAAAAAUUGAAAACUUUACAGCUAAGGGUGUAAGGACAUGGCACUAAGGGUUCCAAGCCGCCCCACGGAGCUGGGUUUGGAGACAGAUCAGAUCACCCGUCUAGGUGUGGAAGUGACCCUAUGGCACCUCCCAGAGGACCACAUGGUUUCUCGUGGCUCUGUGAUCAUCUUUCAUCCCUUCACCAUGCUGGUCCAGCCCUGGUCUUUAUUGUCACUGUAGUUUGUACCCUACAGUGUUGUGUGAUGGCCAGGUCCAUGCUCUCUAACUCACAGGCAGGACGAGCUGCUCACAGCUGGGGCACACGCAGGCCCUGCCCAAUGGCGGGUCUGUUAGCUGCCCGUGAGCUCUGAGCUGUGCUUACUCCAGGCACCUGAGACUGUGUCAUGGGAUGGAUUUCAGGAGAAACAGGUCCGCUUUGACAGGAGGGCUGGGGUGUCUCCAUUAUGGCCCAGGUGGCUAUGGAUGAGCAAGGAGAGUAAACAUCUGCUUUUUGCUCAAUUCACAGGCUCUCCAAAGGGAUUUUUGGUUUAUGUUCUUCCUCUUCUUGGGGAUCUAGAAUCAUUGCU